AUGGGUGUAAAAAAUUUAUGGAGUUUAUUAGAGCCCGUAGCAAGACCCCCAGUAUUUGUAUUUGAUGGAGGUGCUCCAGAGUUGAAGCGACAUACCUUGGCAGAACGUCGAAAAAGGCGUAAUGGAAAGACUAAUGAGUUGCAAAAAAUUGCUGGAAAAAUUCUAGCUACUCAGAUUCAAAUAUGUACUAUUAAAAAUAUUAAAGAAUCAAAAUCAGAUAAGAAUCGAAAUGACUCGCAAGAAAACAUAAUAGACGAUGAUGUCGUUUAUUAUGAUGAAUUAAAGUUGAGUUCUGCGCAAUUACAUCAAAGGAGAAAAAAAGACGAAUAUGAUUUGCCGCCUAUUGAAGGGGGAAUUGAAUCCAUGAUUAAGGAAGAUGAUCCAAGAAUGGCAACUAAGGAAGAUCUUCGUAAUUAUAUAAAAAAAUACAAGCCAGAAGAUGUCAAUAUCGAUUCUGAAUAUUUUAAAUCUCUUCCGCUUGAAACUCAAUAUGAAAUAAUUAGUGAGCUUAGACUAAAAAGUCGGUUAACUUCAGUAGACAGAUUCCAAGAAUUAGUCAACAACGCUCCCAUAUCCUAA